AUGGAUGCGUGUCACAAGCUCGCCAAACUUUUCCUCGGGGGCGUGCUCGGGAAGCCCCCGAACGCGCCGACGGGGCUCAAGGUGGUCGAGAGGUGUGACGGGCUGGAGGUGCGUUGGGCGCCCGGCGCGCCGACGUCGAGGUACAACUCCGAUGUCUUCGUGGUGGAGCUGGCGCCGAGGACCCCGAAGGUGGUGGAGGCCCUGGGCCCCGCAUUCUCCGGGUUCGCGGAGUUCCACCGAGGGCCGGAGACCAGGUUCAGCUUCGACAAGCUGGGCGCUGAACAGGACUUCGCCGUCAGGGUGCGCUGCGAGAACCGCGCGGGAGCGUCGGGGUGGGUGGAGAUCGCCGCGAGGACGCGACAAGUGCCGACGAGGUGCGGCGGGACGGGACCGGACGGCGCGUACGCGUGGGAUCAGACCCCGACGGAGGUUGAGGUGACCGUGCCCGCGCCCCCGGGUACCACCCCGAAGCAGGUGUCGGUGACGGUCAAGCCCAGGAGGCUGGAGAUCUCACUCGCGGGUGUCACGGCGGUGGCUGGCGCACUCUGCGGAGAGGUGGUGUGCGGCGAGGACGGGGACUUCGAGUGGGAGUUGCGCGACGCGGGGAACGGCGAGGGGAAGGAGCUGUUCAUGACGAUGGAGAAACGCCUGAGGGACGUGGUGAGCUACGACCCGGCGGAGCAGUGGGACUGCCUCGUAGCCGAGCGCGGGCACCCGAGGGUGGACACGGCGCACCUGAGAUGGACGCGAGCAACGUCGACGAGGUGA